AUGGCCAAGCCGCGCGCGACGGACGCCGCGGCAGGGGCCAUGGAGGAGCGGCCAAUGUCGCCGCCGGAUGCGGAGAGUGUCGCGAUACCCCAUCUCCCCACGAACGCCUCGAAGAAGAAGAAGAAGAAGACGAAGCGUGCGGGUGAUGCGCUCGACGAUAGUGCUCCGUCGCUCGCGGCCACCGCGCAGGUCCAGGCCGACCUGCUCGCGACCGCCAGCGAUUUGUACCGGCGCAUCGAGGCGGACCCCGCCGGGCUGCCCGACGACGAGGCGUACUGGACCUCGCUGCCUGCGCAUCUGCGCACGUUUAUCCGCAACGCCCUGCCGCUCGGCCACCUCGCCGAGCCGGGCGCGAACCCCAACGCACUGCCGCGGCACGCGUCGACGCAGGCCAUGAUUGCCGUCGCGCAGCAGCUCGCGCAGGCCGCGCAUGCGUCGCAGCGGCACCUGCCGGGCAGCGGCAACCAGACAUACUCGUCGCCCCUGACGCUCGACCCGUCGAUGUUUGUCGACGCGCCGAUGCUCGCCGACCUGCCACUGACCAAGAACGGCCUGAGCGGGCACCUCCCAUCGCCAGGCAUGCAGGCCGCGGCGGUCCCGGGCGAGAAUGGGUUCGGCUCGGUGGUGCUCGUGAAUGAGCUUGACGAGGACGACGACUUCCACGACGAGUACGCGAGCGACGACGUCGAGUCGAUCGACGUCAAGGAGCCCGCGCCCAAGAAGAAGUCGAAAAAGAAGAAGAAAAAGAGCGCACCGGCGCUCGACGACGACGUGCGGCUCCCGCCGCCGCCGGCGAUUCCCCCGCCGCUCCCGCUGCCCAAAUCGCGACCGAGCGCACUGCCGCCGCCCUCGUCGCGGGCCGCCGGGAAGCUGCCCAUGACCUUUGCGCCGCCGCGCUCGACCGCGCCGCCGGCCCCCCGGCCGCCGCUGGCGAAGCGCGCGCCAAAGAGCCACAGCCACCACCGCGCCAUGUUUCCCGCGCAGAUGCCGGGUGCCGCGCCGCCGGCGAGCGGCAGUGGACUCACGAUCGGCAGCGCCGAGGAGCGCGAGCGCAUCCGCGACUUUUGGCAGCACCUCUCGGAACGCGAGCGCAAGCGGCUGGUCGAUGCGGAGCAGCAAGGCGUGCUGCGCAAGCUCAAAGACUUCCAGCGCCAUGCAUGCGCCUGCCGCGUCUGUAUGCGAAAGCGCAACGCGAUCGACGUCAAGCUCAGCGAGCUGUACAAGACGUACUACGAUGCGCUCGAGUCGCACGCCACGCAGUACACCAAGCAUGUCGAGAGCGACGGCGCGCAGAGCCCGCCGGCGGGCCCCGGCCCGUUUCCGGGAAGCAUUGCGCUCGACAGCCACGGGAGUGUCGUCGGCGCGAACCUGCUCCUCUCGCGGCAGUCGUACCGCAAGGACGACGAGCGGCGGCCGCGGCGCCAUCCGUACGUCCCGGUGCAUCCCCGCGAGAUAGACGAGCGCCGGGACACUGCGACGCCGCCGACGCCGGACGUCGACGAUUUCUACGAGGACGAGGAGCUGGACGAGGACGAGUACGAAGACGAGUACGACGACCACCCCGACGACGACCUCGACGCGGACCUCGACCUGGACAGCGACCGGCCAGACGCACUGCGGAAGCGUGACGGGCCGUGCCACGGCAGCGAGUGCUACUGCAUCAACUCGUCGCUGACCGUCAAGGGGAUCCUCACCGUGGCCGACGAUUUGUCUGGCAAUGAGGUGCAGAAACUGAUCCUGAUGAUGGAGCAGCUUGCCGAGCGGCAUCUCCAGCCGAUUGCCGCGGACGAUGCACCGGACGACGACGAGUCGCUUCCGUCGGAAGUCGAGCUGACCCCCGACGAGCAGCGCGAGCAGGGCUGGCGCAUGUUCCAGAUCUUUGCCGCGCGCAUCCUCGAGCACCGCGUGCUGCACGCGUACCGCGAGACGGUCGCGCAGGAGCGCCAGCUGCAGCUCCUGCGUGAGCUCGAGGAGGAGGAGUCGAACGAAAAAGCACGCGAGGCGAAACGCGCCAAAGAGAACCAGCGGAAGAAGGACAAGAAGAAACAACUCAAGCAGCAGAAGGAGGAGGAGCGCCUGCGCAAGGAGCAGGAGCGCCUCGCAGAAGAGGCCGCCGCCAAGGCCGAGCAGGAAAAGCAGCGCCAAGAGGAGCUGCGGCGCCAGGAAGAGCUGCGGCAGAAGAAGGAGGCCGAGCGCCGCGCCAAAGAGGAAGAGCGCGCCAAGAAGGAGGAGGAGCGACGGCGCAAAGAGGCCGAACGCAAAGAGGCCGAACGCAAAGAGGCCGAGCGCAAAGAGGCCGAACGCAAAGAGGCCGAACGCAAAGAGGCCGAGCGGAGAGAAGCCGAGCGGAGAGAAGCCGAAAAGCGCGAGGCCGAGAAGAAAAAGAAGGAGCGCCAGCGCCAGGAGCGCAGGCCCAAGAAGGAGGGCACGCCUGCGUCGCCAUCGGUGCCGCCGGCGCCGCCGGUGCCACCGGUGGCCCCGGCUGUGCCUUCGCCUGCGAUCCCGCCGGCCGGCGUCUCGCCGGCGCUCGCCUCAGCCAAGGCCGCGCCGCUCCUCGAGAAGGACGCGUGGGAAUCGCCGUCGCGUCUCCCGUCGUUUGGCAUGCGCUACGAGACGCCCGCGGCGCCGAGUCCUCCGCGUCCCUUUUACGACCCUGCCGCGGCGCUGGGGCGCAUGCACAUUGGCGACGCGCCGCUGCUUGGCGGUGGGAUGAGCGAGGCGCCGCUCGGGCUCGGCGGCAUGCCGCGCCGCGCCGUGCAGAGUCCUCCACGACCGGUGCCGGCUCCCAUCGGCCCGAUUGAGCGCCCCCGGCGCACGACGAGCGACGAGCAGUACACGCGCCCCGAAGGCAUCCUCGGCAGUGCGGCGCUUGGCGACGACGACGAGCUGGUCGAGCCGCGUGUUCCUCGGCGUGUCGUGCCGAAUGCCGCGCCGAUCAGUACGUUUGCGCCUGCGCCCGGCCAGUUUGGGUACGCGUCGCCGUGGAGUGCGCCCGGGAGCCGUGCGUACCCCCCCUCGUUUAACGCGCCCCCCCCGCCACCCUCGCUGUGGAACGAGAGCAGUGGGUGGGACCGUGCGCGCUAUGCGUUUGAGCAGCCGAGCACGUUUGCGGAGCCGUCCGAGCCCGCGGUGUUCUCCCCCCCUCCUCCUGCUGAGAACCUCGGAGCGAUCGGCAACCCGCUGUACCCCCUGAGCGUGCCGCGCACCUCGGCGCCGUACGCCUAUGCCCCCAUGCAUCCUUCCUUUUCCAACGGUUCGUAG